UGUAAAGAUCUCUACACCAAGGAGAGAGCUAGAGAAACAACUCAUAAAUCCUAAAUGCCUGAAAUUUGUAAUAAUCACACUGCUCACUAUAUUCUUCACAUCUUUUUGACUCUUUUCUCUCCUUCCUUCCCUAAAUUUAGACCGUUGCCAUGUGUGAUAAAUAACACUCAAAUGAAUCUUUUUUUUAUUCCAGAAUCUCAUGAAAGCAUGGAAUCCUAUGAAAUUAAUCCCUUCAUUAACAGGAGAAACGCUAAUACUUUUAUAUCCCCACAGUGGGGAUGGAGAGCUAAAACCCAAGAGAGGAUCAGAGAAAGCAUCAAGCCUGCCUAUGAGAUCAGUCGGGAAGCCUGUGAUGACUUCAAGCUUUGUGAACGCUAUGCCAUGGUUUAUGGAUACAACGCUGCCUACAAUCGCUAUUUCAGGCAGCGCCGCGGGGGCAAAUGAGAUUGGAAAAAGUCUCUUUCUUUCCAGAGUCUGGUGCCUGGUUUUGUAUUCCUUUGCAGCAUUAACCUACAUAAACACAUACGAAUUGCUUCCUUCUUAAAUGUUCUUGUGUGACUGCUACCCUCCUUCCUGCCCCCAGGUUGAUAGGCAGUGAAAGAGCAAUGUAGGGAAAGGUCAAGAGGGAGUUCAGAUGUGUGAUUAUUACAUAAUAAACUGUUGGUUGGAUACUUUCA